AUGGGUUUUCAUCUUCCUCUUAAUAAGAUCGACCAGGUCAACCAGCCUCCCUUAUACUUUCUACAAGUCCAGGAUGGUUUAAUCUUGUCCGUAUCUAUUUCUUGGACAAUAGCGUAUAUUCUGUACAUCCGCCAAGGCCUUCGGGACAAGUCCUAUGGCAUGCCACUUUUCGCGCUAUGCGGAAAUGUAGCCUGGGAGUUACUCUUUGGCGUUGUGAUGCCAACGUCAGCGGCUCAAGUUGUGGCUUUUGUACCCUGGCUUGCAAUCGAUGUGGGAAUCAUUUACACCACUUGGAAGUUCGGCCCCGAAGAGUGGAAGAACUCGCCGCUUGUAGCCCGAAAUCUCCGUUGGAUCUUGCUACUAGGUAUUGCUAUAACCACGGGCGCUUUUUGGGCAUUUAUCAAGACCGUUGGUAUUGAUCCUGCCUCGUUUUAUCUGGGGUACUCAGAUCAGUUCCUUAUCAGUUGUACAUCUCUUGUACAAAUCUUGCGUCGUGGUAGUACCGCUGGCCAUUCCUGGGGGAUCUGGUUUUAUAGAACUUUUGGCACUUUUCUUUCCAUCGUGCUGUUUGCCUGGCGCUAUUACUUCUAUCCACAGAGCUACCCAAGAGUUGCCGAACCAAUAGUCGUAUUCUUUUUCUUUGCCUCCGAGGUUCUGGAUGUUAGUUAUGCCUUUGUCUAUUACCAUAUUGAAAAACAAAAUAAGUUGAAGAAGAACUAA